CGAAAAUCAACGUGUUGUGAUUUUAUUUGAUUGCUUUUAUCAAUCAAAGAACAGUUACUGAAGAAGCUUCCAUAGAGACAAGACAAUAUGCAGUUCGGUUUCAGCAUUUGUGUGCUGUUGUGCACAACAUUAGCAUUUGCAACAGCACUUUACUCCCCAUCUGAUGAUGUCAUAGAGCUAACAGCAUCUAACUUUGACAUGAUGUUACCAUUUGCCUUGUUGUUUCAGCUUUGGUUUGUGGAAUUCUAUGCACCUUGGUGUGGCCAUUGUAAGACUCUUGCCCCAGAAUGGAAGAAAGCUGCCAAAGCACUUAAAGGAAUUGUCAACGUUGGAGCUGUUGAUAUGACACAGCACCAGAGCGUUGGCGGACCAUACAAUGUGAAAGGAUUCCCAACCAUUAAGAUCUUUGGAUCUAAUAAAAAAUCACCUCAGGAUUAUAAUGGCCAGCGUCAAGCCUCCAGCAUUGUUGAUCAGGCAAUGUCUGGACUAAGAUCACUGGUUAACGACAGACUGUCUGGCAAGUCUAGUGGUGGUAGCAGUGGGGGAAGUGGAGGGGGUAGCAGAUCAACCGGGAGUGGAGACCCCAAAGACGUCAUUGAACUGACCGAUUCCAACUUUGAGAAGCUUGUCUUGAACAGCAAGGAUAUAUGGUUGGUAGAGUUCUUUGCUCCAUGGUGUGGUCACUGCAAGAACCUGGCACCUGAAUGGCAGAAGGCUGCAACAGAACUGAAAGGAAAGGUGAAGCUGGGAGCUCUUGAUGCAACUGUACAUCAGCAAACUGCUGGCCGUUAUGGGGUACAAGGGUACCCCACUAUCAAGAUGUUCCAAGGGGGUGAGGCCUCAGAGUAUGAUGGUGGAAGGACCGCUAGUGACAUUGUAUCCUGGGGACUGAACAAGGCUGCAGAGAAUGUGCCCCCACCAGAGAUUGUACAGAUUACAAAAGAAAGUGACCUUACAGAUGCCUGUGAAGACCACCAGCUGUGCAUCAUCUCAAUUCUCCCCAACAUCUUAGACUGUCAGUCAAAAUGCAGGAACGAUUAUAUCAACAUAUUGAAAUCUAUGGGAGAUAAAUACAAAAAGAAAAUGUGGGGCUAUGUCUGGGCUGAAGGGGGAGCUCAGAUGGAUCUUGAACAAGCCCUUGGUAUUGGAGGAUUCGGAUAUCCUGCCAUGGCUGCUGUUAACUCUAGAAAAUUAAAAUAUUCUCUGCUGAGAGGCUCAUUCAGUGAGACUGGCAUCAAUGAAUUCCUUAGAGAACUUGCCUUUGGUAAAGGUUCCACAGCUCCUGUUGCAGGAGCCAAGCUGCCCAGUAUUGUAGCUACAGAUCCCUGGGAUGGCAAGGAUGGUCAGCUACCAGAAGAGGAAGAGUAUGAUCUCUCUGACGUAGAGUUGGAACCACUUGAUGAAGAAGCCAAAGAUGAGUUAUGAUGUGGACCUGCCGAUAUAGGACAUCAUCUCAUCACACAUCUAGCUCAAUAAAUUAACCAUUCAAUCAUUCAGUCAUUAACACCAUCAUUUGUCAUCAUCUGUCAUUCAUUUGUUCAUCAAAAAUAACUUAUAUUUUCAUCAUUUAUUUUUAUCAUCAAAUGUUCUGGAACUCUCUGGUGAUUAUGUGUAGGAAUCACUAAGCAUCACAGACACUGCAUCACCAUGGACUAUAGAUAUCUACAACACUAUGGCUAUAUAUUGCCUUUGCGGGAAAAUGAGGGACUUAAGUAGUGAAACUAACUCAUGUACUGAAACAUGGCAUAUAAGCACUUUAAAACAUUGAAACAUGGCAUAUAAGCACUUUUAAUCAUAACAUGUAUAAAGUAAGGGACUUAUGCUCUAAAAUGUUUUAACAGGAAAAUAAUAUGAAAUUCACAUCAAAGAAUGAUGAGAUUCUUUAUGUUGUUGAUGCUGGUUAUUCCUAUAUGAGAAUGUAACCUCUUCGAAUUAAAUAUACAGUUACUGGGAAGGUAAAGGGGGUAUCCUUAUAUUCAAGAUUUGCAAGGACACUUGUCAUCUGUGUUAAAUAACUCUGAGAUUUGCCAUCUACAAACACAAUACAUUUUCUCUGUAAUAUAGUACUGUCAUUCAUGAAUCAGACAAAUUGUUAACGGGUAAAUCUCUACUGUAGUUCUCUCUCAGUUAUUGUUCCAUGAUCACUAUGGAUUCCAAGAUCAUCUAGUAGUUAGAGAAUCAAUAGUUUAGGCACAGUAUAAAAGAAGUGCCCAAAAGAACAUAUUCCAUGAAUUAUAGAUUGAAUUCAGGAACUUAGCUGAUAAUAGAUUGGUCAAAUUACAACUUGGAGCUUUCAUUGUCAUAUUAUAUAUUUUUGAAGUGUAUUGUAAGCUUUGUGUUCACAAUUGAGACAAUGUCUUUUAAAAUUCUGAAAAUUCUGUUAGAUUUUUAUAUGAAUUAUAACUUAACUGAGUUAUUCCUAGUAAUAGUGAUAGCAAAAGUAUUUGAAGCUGCUUUUAAUGAUCAUUCCUUUAAAUGAUAUUAUUGUUGUCGAGUACUGUACUGUACUGUACU